CCUGAGUUUCGGUGAGGAAAGGGGAAGGGCCGAGCCGUGUGGAAAACGUCAGCUCCCCACGGCUGCCCGAGAUAAACUUUUCACUCGUUGUUGUUGUUGUUGUCGAGCGGCUUCGUCGAAGUGAUUGUCGGUGACCUUAGUUCAGAGGGAAUCUGUGGGAGUUUUUGGAUUUGCAGAGGAACCGGACCCGUUUUUUUCAUAUUCCCAGCUGCUUUUUUUUUUUAGCAGGCCGAGUGGGGAAGACCUCUCCAACUUCCUGGUUCGCCACAGUCAGGAUGUCAGUCACCCCUCGACGUGUCCGCCUGAAGCCCUGGCUGGUGGCUCAGGUGGACAGCGGGCGAUACCCGGGUCUGGUGUGGAUUGACCGUGAGGCCAUGCGCUUCAAGAUUCCAUGGAAACACGCUACACGACACACACCUCAGCACGAGGAUGAAGACACCAUAUUUAAGGCGUGGGCUGUGGAGACCGGGAAGUUCCAGGAGGGAGUUGAUGAACCUGAUCCCGCAAAGUGGAAAGCUCAGCUACGAUGUGCGCUGAACAAAAGCCGGGAAUUCAACCUCAUCUACGACGGCACCAAAGAAGUCCCCAUGAAUCCUUUGAAGAUAUAUGACGUCUGCGACAUCCCGCAGCCCCCCAGUAACCAAGGCUCUUCAGAUGCAGGUUCUUGGACUCCACAUGAGGAAGAUGGUGGUGAAGAAGAUAUUCCAGAUACACCAGAGUCUCUCCCUCCAUACCCAUCCAAUGGCACCAGUCCCUCUCCUCUCAUUAUGUGGUCUCCUAUGGGCUCUGACUCAUCCAUUCAGCCUCCAAGUUGUCCCCCUUCAAAUGAGGCCUGGCCCAAAGAGGAACCUGUCAAAAUCUGGCCUAAAGAGGAGCCUGUGGAUGUGGAGAUGCACACCACACCCCCGGCUGACAUGCCGCCUGCAACUUUGCCUGAUCCCAUCAUGCAGCCCCCUUCUCUACCUGACGCCUUGUUUGCCUCUCCAGAAAUGUGGAUUAGUUCCCUCCCGAUGACAGACCUGGAGGUUCAGUUUCUGUACCGGGGGAAGGAAAUGUGUCCCACAGUGACCGUCAGUAACCCGCAGGGCUGCAGGCUGUUCUACGGAGACCUCGGCCCCAUGGUCAACCAGGAAGAGCUGUUUGGGCCUGUGAACCUGGAACAGUUGCGCUUUCCGACCACAGAGCACAUUACCAAUGACAAGCAGAGGGUCUUCACUAACCGCCUGCUGGAUGUGAUGGACAGGGGUCUAAUCCUGGAAGUCAGCGGCCACGAUAUCUAUGCAGUUCGUCUCUGCCAGUGUAAGGUAUACUGGUCUGGUCCCUGUGCUCCAAAUGCAACUGCACCAAAUCUUAUAGAGCGACAGAAGAGGGUCAAACUCUUCUGCCUGGAGUCUUUUCUCAGUGGUGUGAUAGCUCACCAGCGUGGCCUGACACAAACCCCCCCCCACUUUGAAAUCAGCCUGUGUUUUGGAGAGGAGUGGCCUGAUGGAAGGCCUAGGGAGAGGAAACUUAUUAUGGUUCAGGUCAUUCCAGUGGUGGCCCGUAUGAUAAGCGAGAUGUUUUCUGGAGACAACACACGAUCUUUUGACAGUGGCAGCGUUCGCCUGCAGAUUUCAAUCCCAGAUAUCAAAGACAACAUAGUGACCCACCUUAAGCAGUUGUACUGCCUGCUACACACCCACCAGGGCCAGGAUGGCUGGGCGUUACCCCCGGGGUCAGGCUUGAACAUCGCCCAAGCUCUGCAGACACAGUGAAGCAGUCCACAUUGACAACAUAUAUCUCUGUUUGUUUCACAGUGCUACUGAGACUUACCUUACUGGUAGCAUAGAAGUACUUAAGUGUAAUCUUAUUUAGAUGUGUGCACCAUAUAGUGUGGGAUUCAUUUGCUUCUCAGCUUUGCUCUGGUAUGACAGCGCUGUGAUAGUGCUUUUCUGUAUAUAGAUGCCAACUUUACCUGUGCAUGAACCGUAGACAGAUGUGGUGACUGCAUGGGCCAAAGUCCUGCUCGCUGCAAGGGAACAUUUAACAUAGUUAAUGAGUUACAGAAAUUGCCCUGUGCCUUAUUUAUUCAAAACUGGUCAGUGAUUACCAAACUUUCUUGGGUCUGUCGUUCAUGGAACAGCCUUUAUCUUUUGACCUUUAUAUAUUUUGAAGCAACACAUCUGUCAAGGGAUUUUGUAUAUUUUAGAAAAAAGGUAUCUGCAAAUGUGAAUUAAACAGUACAGUGGUUCCCAGCUGUUUGAGAUCCCAUUAUCCUGCAUGCACAUGGAAUCAGGUCUCAUUUUUAACAAAUGGCUUACAGAAAGUCUUCCCUGCAGCUUUGUCUUCAGCCAUUUUUAUUUUUCGAUUUACACUGUAGCACAUUUUUGUAUUCACAGCUUUGAUUUUUAGCCAUUCACUGCAUCCAGGCAGCCAUUUAUAUAAACAAUGUUCAGCUACAUGGAUCUGUUUUAAUAUGGAUGCCACUGCACUUUGAGGUGCUGAAUUAUGUUUUAUGGCCAGUUGGAUGUAAGUGCAUUUAUCCUGUGAUUGUAUGUUUAUUUUAUCAAUAAAAACACUAAAAAUAACCUUUGAGUUAAUGAAUCAAUUACAAGCAUUGUGAGCUGUUGCUUUGAGCGGUGCAGCAUUAUUUUCAAGUUAACCUUUGUUUGGUGAGAGCUGUUGGGUGUUGACAGUAGCGACAUUUUAUAGCCUUAUUUGUUUACAUUUGUGCUCCUACUG